AUGGACAAUUCCAAUGGCGAUAACCAUGGUCGGGCAAAGAUCAAGCGGACUCACGCCCGACGAUCUUGCAACGUCUGCAAAAUUCGGAAAACACGAUGCGAACUUCCGGACCAAAUGAUACCCAGUUCGACGACCCCUCUCCCGCGUGACAAGGCAUGUCAUCGUUGCAAGACUCUAUCUCUUGUUUGCAUCGUCGAUGACAAGGGCAGACGGAGAGGAUUACCCCGGGACUCGGAUGGGCAUCUGAUCGCUCCGAAAGAUAGUUGGCAUGACGAUCAAGGUGCAUCGGAAGCGGAUCUGUCCUACUCUCAACCUGGACCGUCAAAGAAGAGAUCUUUGGGCAAGAAUGGACGAACAGAUUAUGACUCAAAAUACGAGGAUCAUACAUAUUCACCAAGCUCGCCGCCGCCACCGUUGUUGGGACCCGAUGGACCCGGCUAUCUCAAUCAACACGGUAUAGAUACUUUGGCCAGGGGACUCUCAAGACAUGAAAAGCCCGUGGACCUCUUGCAUGGGAUUGAUCCGUAUCCCAACAGGCCAUCAGGGUAUGAUUUAUUGGCCGAGUUCAACUUUACACCGCCCGCAGCUGAGGAGAUGAGUGCGGAAAAGUUACGAAAUACGAAACUCCAUGGGAGACCUUUGGAGCUUGUAGCUGCCAUGUUGGGCUCAGUCUACGGUCGCAAGGUCAAGAAGCUCGAUCUUGGACGAUUGGUGGACGAUCAUGUGAGGAUGAAGUUAGAGCCAGGAGUACUAUCUCUCAAGACGCAUCAUCCUUGGUUGCCCAGUUUAAGCGAUCUGCUGCGAGAAUACGAUCCCAAGACGUGUUCGGAACCUGCUUCUCUACUCCUUGCACUGGUCAUCUAUCUCGCUUCCACAUCCAUACCAUCUCAGACCCAGCAGCUUCGAUCAACUCUGAUACCGCUGGUGACCACACUCCGAAGCUCGGUUCUGCUCCACGUGCCCUUGAGUCUGGCCGCUGUCCAAGCUCUUCAGCUAUUGACAUUCCACGCUCCAUUCGGCACCCUGCCUUGGGAAAAGGUCAAUUACCACAGCUUAUCGGUUGGAAGAGGUCAAUUGGGUUCGGCUUUAUCCAUUCACUCUGCACUCGGCUCUAGAGCUUUCAACUUGCACUUCGACAUGGACCCGAUCUUGCUUUGGGACAACCCACAAUUCUGGCUCUGGAUGUGUUUGGUCGCGGAUCAAGGCCGACUCGUUCUUGAGGAUGAAACGACUGAGGUCAGGCUCCCAUCGCAGCUUUCCCAGGCCAAAGUCUUGGUCGAUCGCAUAAUGGUCCCCUCGACGUACGAUGUUUGGGGCAACGCAAGCAGCGAGACCGAUUCGGCGGAACUAGUAGGCAAACUGGGGGUAUGCAAUCGGAUCGUAAGGCUCGCUGCAGCUCUGGACACUAUCUGCAAGUUUCAUCAGUCUCUGCUGAGUCUCGCGGAUGACGGAUUUCACGAUCAUGUUGCGCAUGUCAUGCAGGAUCUGGACGAGUAUAAUAGUCAACUGAGGGGCAUCGAGCAAGAGCAUGACCACAUCACACGCCUUCUAGCAUCUACACCGACGUGCAGUCCCUUCUUGACAACUGCGGCGCAGAUUUACCGCCAAAUUGGGUGGAGAUUUGAAUCGUCGCGUGUCGUCAUGCACGCUACUCGAUCGCUCGUGUCUGGACUCUUUCUACCUGGAACUCCUCUAUCGGCAGAUGGAUUGCCUGACAAUCUCAACCGUGACGAACGCGUGGCGUAUGCUCAAGAGCAGAUGUUUAACAUCAACAACAUGAUCAAAGCUGCCAUGCACCCAACGUAUCCAGGCGUUCGACACAUGCGAGAAAUGUACUUGCGACGGGGCGAGUUUUGCGAGGGUCUUCUGGUGGCUUUCGCCGAUAUUGAGGGAUUACUUCUGUUUAAAAUGCCGACUCGACCGUCAGUUUUGGACAGUCCUUCAUUGGAUCAAGCCGAGCACGCCAUGCCGAUUCUGCCAGUUGUCGAGUUGUGCAGUCUCGCGGUAGAAGGGACCAAGAUCUUGAUGGAAAUGCGUGCAGGUCAAAUCUUGGUCAGCCGGAUAUACUCGAGACAACCGACAGCCUCGAUCUAUAGGCUUCCGACAUGGUUCUACCUCAUCAAACAGGUGUCAGAAGUCAUGAUCCGAGUGGCCAACAAAUUCAGCAUUGACGAACUCGACGUACCCACCAGCCGAGGUGCCGUGUCUGUCCACAGUGAUGCAACUGGCGAAGACGGCUCCGUGGGGCAAGAGAUGGUGGUCUUGGGAUGUGGCAAUCUUAUCGCGUCAAUGGUUCGAGUGACGGAAGAUUGGACGAGACAGAAUCGUGCUGAACUCGACCGCGUCAACUCCAACUCAGAAACGACGCAGACGAUGCAGACGACGCAAACGAAUGGUCCCGGUGCCAGUCGAUCCAGUAUCGAGUCCAGUACGACCUUUGUAGCGGUCGAAACGCCGAGGGCUCAGGUUGUUGCACCGCCGAUGGGCAACCAAGAUGCCAAAGGCAAUUCCUCCUCCGAUGUGGCACACUCGAUCGCCGCGAGCACGACAGAAAGUGGAUCAGGAUACGAACAAUCAGGACCCCAUUCGACGCCAGGUUUCAGCGUCCAACCUCUGCCUGAAGAUCCGGGAUCACACAUGAGCUUUAAUUAUCUUGGCACUCAUCGUUCUGAGUCUUAUCUCCCGCCUAUCCCUCCACCACCCGCGACCGCGAGUUAUGGUCAAGAAGACUAUCAUUCAACAGAUUACAUUGAUCCGAAUGUACCUCCCCAGUCGAGUACGAUCCCAGGAUACAACUACCAAGCGAUGCGAUAUACGGUCGCUGGAUUCCCAUAUCCUGCUCUUAAUCCCAGUGCGCCUCAUCAACAACAGCCACAGUUACAGCCUCUGUUACAGGAUCAAUCCGACUAUGCGCCAACGCCAUUGGACUUUUUGGUGGCUCAAAUGUUUAAUUACUCGUACUUGCCUGGACCGAGUGGGUUCGAGAAUGGUGGUGGGUCAUGA